AUGACAAGGCAACACCAGGAGCGGCGAAAGCAGACAGCAGCCCACAACAAGCACGUGGAGAAGAAGGUGAAGAGCCUGCAGGAGCAGCUCACCACCAGGCUCUGGGAGAGCCAGCAGACCCGGGAGACUGCCACCCAGGCACUAGCAGAGAGGGACAGGACCAUCGCCCAUCUGCAGAACAGGCUUGAUGCCAUGGACAGGGCGUAUGAGAAGAUCCUCCACAUAAGUGGGGAUUGUAGCCUGGACUUUGUGCUGGCCAAGACAGCAGAGGCCAGCCAGCACUGUGAAGAGGUAGGAAUGACCAUCGCCGUGGAGCACAAGGAGCGCUGA